AUUCUGUAGUGACUUCCAUGGAAGAGAUUGUUCAAGAUAUCCAUCAGCAUGCUAAAGAGACAGUGAUAAAGCAUGUAUUUAGUAAUGAAAGAGAAACGGAAAUGUGCAAGAAAGUUGAGGCGUGUUUUGAGGGGUUAGAGAAUCCUUUCACAAUUCUAAAUUCGGAAUACAAACGAUCAAAAUUUAUGACUGACAAGUGGGAAAUGGUUGAACCAAUUGAAUGUGUGAUUGGUUCAAGAUUUGACACAAGACGAAAUAAAAAGACUGGAACAUAUGAUCAGGUAGUAGUUCAAGAUAAAUUCAUGUAUAUUCCAAUUUUAUCUACACUGCAGUCAAUAUUUAAAAGUCCGUAUGUUGCAGAAAUGUUGCAACGCUCAGCAACCAGCGACUCUAGACUGAGAGAUAUUUGUGAUGGAUCUUUUUUUAAAAGUCACCCCCUGUUCUCAACUGAGAAGCAGACAAUACAGAUCCAGAUGUUCUAUGAUGACUUUGAGGUCGCCAACCCUCUGGGUCCAAAGCGAGGUAUUCAUAAAUUAGGUGGAGUAUAUUUUACUUUAAGAAACUUCUCUCCAAAAUGGAAUUCUUUUUUAGCUAACAUACACCUGUGCGCCUUAUUUCAUGCUCAAGAUGUUAAACGUUAUGGUUUUAGUGAAAUUUUUGCUCCCAUUGUUCGAGAUAUUAAAGUGUUAGAGAGUGAUGGUAUUGAGAUUCCAUUAUACAAUGGUUUUGUUCGUGGCACUGUAGUGCAGGUUACUGGUGAUAAUUUGGGAUUGCAUUGUUUGUUUGGUCUAGUGGAGUCUUUCAGUGCAAGGUACUGUUGCAGGUUCUGUUUAGCGGAAAAGGAGGACUUUCAGACAGAAUUCUCUGAAGACUCUUCCAAAAUAGUUUUGCGCACCAAAGAUGUACACACUGCUCACUGUCAAGAAAUGGCUUGUAAUCCAUCCCUUCCCUACGUUUUUGGUGUGAAAAGGUCAUGCAUAUUAAAUUCAUUGGAGUAUUUUCACACAACAGAGAACUUCUCAGUUGAUGUGAUGCAUGAUGUGUUAGAAGGGGUGGGCCAGUACGAAUUGAAGUUAUUA